GUCAGUGGCGGCAUCUGAGGGACUCCCAGCACAGCACACACACACUCUCUCACACUCUCUCUCACACACACUCUCACACACUCUCUCUCUCACACUCCACGCACACAGUGCUGCUGAAGAGCUGCCGAUAUGACUCCUUUGUCCACUUUCAGACAGGCAAGGCCAGCCAGCAUUAGCUAAACCCGCUAACCCAGUGACGGUGGUGCGCUGGGCUCCUGUGGAAGAAGACCGUCUCCAGCUUUUUAACCUCUUCUUCAGAGGGAGUUUCUCAGAAACACGUCUCUGUCGUCAGGGAUAAAUGAUCACCUCAACAAAACGAGUGACUGCCGACAAGCCUGAAGUCAGAAUCUCCUUCAGCCUCGACGACCCCUCAGAGUUGAAAGAUGCUGAGGAACAGUUCCCAUCAUUCCCCGACCUUGAGCAGCGCCUGCAGCCCGUGCUGCCGUGCCAGUCUCUGAAGGAGUCUGUCCAAGUCUACAGAGACCACUGCAAAAUGGCCAGAGAGUUUCAUCAGGUUAAAACAGAAAUUGCUCUGCUGGAAGACAGAAAAAGGGAGCUGAUGGCAGAGCUGGCGGAAGACGAGAGGGUGACGUUGGAGAUCGCUCGGCUGGAGGAAGAGUUCCGUCUGCUGACGGAGGAGAACCGAACGCUGGUCACGGUUUAUACGGAACGCACUCAGCAGCUGGCCACUCUGCGUGUGACCAAUCAGAAGAGACAGGGCUCCUCCUGACCCUUGGCCUUUCCCACAAGGGAUGGAAAGGGAACGUUUUAACAUUUUUUUUAGUAGCCUUCUUAACAUGGGGGUAGGAUGAAGAUUUACACUGUAAAAAUGCUGUACAUUUUUAAGAGUCCUACACGCCUCCUGAGUGUUUUCAAAACACUACAACCCAAAAAAGUCAACAUUUACGUCAUCAUUUGAGCAUUAGGUUAGUGUAGUGGAAGGACAGGGGUACAUUCAACUAAGAUAUGUAUCAGUUUGACGUUUAUCAUGUAAACAGAGGGAUACCGUGUGGCUCUCUAGCACUUAAAAUGUCUGGCCCGAACUAGAUUUGCCAUCCCAAUGUUCUUGAUAUGACACUUAGCCGCUGCACCACUGUAAACAAAACUCAGUUUAUUUUUUAUGUGUUAUCUCCCUGGGCUUAUAUUUGUGCUUAAGGUCAGAUAUGGUGUGGUGCUGUAUUUGUAAUGACCUUUAUAGCAGAUCUUUGACAAGGUUACUCAGAUGGCACACAACCCUUCAUGAACUCUAGGCAAGCACGGAGGCUUUGCAAACACCAAAUACCAAUUCUUGACACUUUUCAUGGGUAUAUGGCCAAACCUGGUCCUGGAGAACCUCCUGCCUUGCCCUGUAGUGCGUUCCCUGCUCCCAAUACACCCACCUCAAGUCAUGAAUAGCUGGUUAAUGAGCUCAUUAGUUGGAUCAGGUGUGUUGGGAGCUGGGGAAACACUAACAAAGUGCAGAGGUUACUCUGAUCGGACCAGGACUGGGAACAACUGUGUUACAGGAAUAAAGGUGUGCAUCAACUGAACAGGCAGCAGUUGUAGUCAAAUGAGGAGGAGUGGUUAAAGUGUUCGCCCUGGAGGCCGGAGGAUUUCUCAUUUUGAUUCCCAUGUUGGCCAAGCCUAAGGCUUUGUGGUUUGUGUGUUGUGUAUAUAUGCAAUUAUACCAAAUGACUACAAGUGUCCCAUGAAAUACACUCACCGGCCACUUUAUUAGGUACACCUUGCUAGUAAAAGGUUGGACCCCCUUUUGCCUUCAGA